AUGGAAAAGCUAAAGGACAGCAUCCGGAGUCGUCUAGCUGCAGUCCGUGAGGCCUGCCGCAGCAAAGACGCGUUUAUCAAAGCUAUCGAGACCAAAGAGUCCUCACAGGGUCGUGCGGAGCAACGAAAUUUCUGGAAAAAUGAGGAUCUUGAUGUGACGCCUCCCGAGCAGCAGACUUGGAGAUGGUUCGAUUAUGCCUCUUUCUGGCUAUCUUAUGGACUCAUUCCCGGUACUUGGAGCGUGGGCAGCUCUCUCGUUGCCGUCGGUCUGACCCCAUGGCAAGCAACGAUCUGCAUCUUCGUUGCGUACGCGCUCGGGGCCAUGGGCGUCGUUCUUCACUCUCGCUCUGCAGCUACCUAUCAUUUUGGCUUCCCGGUCGAGUCUCGUAUCCCUUGGGGGAUGAGGGGAGCUUAUUUUCCGGUCUUGCUCAGAGUCAUGUGUGCGACUAUCUGGAUGGGGGUCACUUUGAUCGAGUCCGGCUACUUCAUGGUCGUCAUCCUUCGCUGCAUCUUCGGCAACGGAUUCUAUCACAUGAAGAGUUAUAUCCCCACGAGCAGUGGAGUGACUACCCAGCAGAUCAUCGGGUUGUUCAUCGUGUGGAUUCUCACACUCCCGCUUUUGAGCAUACCAAUUCCAAAGAUCAAAAUCUUCUUCGUCCUCCAGACGGUAAUCGUACCUCCCUCUGCAUUAGCCAAUGUUAUCCCAUGGGGCGCUGACUGCACAACUCUCUUACCCCGAUUCCUCAACAUCAAGAGGGGCAUGCAUAUCUCCUACAUUCUCGGUGUAUGUAUCUGUCCUUGGUAUAUUCUUACAAGUGCCUCGACCUUUCUCGAAUUUUUGGGCGGUUACAGCAUCUUCCUGGGUGGGUUUCUGGGUAUCUUCCUGACGGAGUACUACAUCAUCCGCAAAGGCAAUAUCUACGUGGAUCAAUUGUUCGAGGCGCAUGGUAGAUACUCCUACCAGCAUGGGAUUAACUGGCGCGCUAUCGUGGCGUAUCUCAUUCCGCUCGCCCUUUUGUUGCCGGGAUUCGCACAUGUCUUUGGUCACACGGUUCCAGCAGGAUUCCUCCGACUGUACGAGAUUGGCUGGCUUUUCAUCUGCAUGAGCACUGGUCUGUUAUAUUACCUGCUGUCUUUGCUUGGAAAUGCUAGAGAGGAAAGAACUAUGCGGUUCGAACAGAUCUAUCACGAGAGUGUCGUGUUGCACGCUGUAAGCCCUGACAAUGAAGUGGGGUCUGACGUCGAAAGAUCUCAAGAGGCCGUCAGAGAGAAAAGCUGA